GGCUCGCUGAUGGAUCCGUCGGGCAGGAUAGUUGUGUAUUUCUUCUCGGACUCGUGCGGCGAGCGAGGGACGGGAGCGACAAUGAACAAGCCAAGGUAUAACUGAGCUCGGUAUCAGACAUGUUGUGUAUAGUGUGCUCGUUCUGGGAAUGUUACCAGUACUGCGAAGGAGAGGACGGACAAGCAAGCAACAGCCAAUAACAGCGUUGUCGGCACUCUUUGCACCUGAUCAAUCAGACCGUAUAUUUGAGCGCGGGCUGCAUCCAUUUGUGCGCUACCUCUCAGCUUCUGGUGGAUUGGAUCAAAUGCCUUUUGGCCAUCAGAUAAUCAAGAAUCAAUAUCUCAUAAGGAGCCGAGUACGCGUUACCCCUCGAGUCAAGGGGGGAGCUUUGAUGCCACAUUUCCGAUCAACAUGGGGCAGACAGCUCCGUCCCCAACUUCUGACCACCAUCAUGAUCUUCCUCUUUGGUCAUGCUUGCGAACAUAACCUCAGCACCCCGCUUCGGACGACUUCGAAUGUCUUGAAAGUAAAUAAUACAUAACUGAUUAAUUAGUUAGAUGAUUGAGAGCUCAUCCUCGUGUUUUGUCUUACGAAUCUUCUCACCGUAGAGGAAGAAGACAAUUGGGACUGGGAACAGGGCCAAUGUGAGGAAUCCGAGAAGGGACAUGGCCUGAUAAGAUGUCA